AUGAUCAGCUUCGACACGUUCGCGGGCCCGCGCCCGCGCGUGCGCGAGGCGGACCUGGACACGGCGGGGCUGCUGGUGCUGGCGGAGCAGCCCACGCCCGCCCCGGAGCUGUUCCCGGCGCUGUCCGACUCGCCCGGGGACGAGUUCUACGAGAGUCAGGACGACGACAGCGACAGCUGCGACCUGUUCCACGACGGAAGUGACGAGGGCGACGUGGCGGCGACGCAGCACCAAGGUCAGGAUACUGGACCAGCCGAGGUCCUGCAGGAUGAUCCCAAGCAGGGGCAGGAGCAGGCCAGCGGCGGCCGCAUCCGCCAGCUCGUGGAGCUGCUGACGCUGCAGAGUCACAACGUGGGGGACGCGCGCUCGGCGCUCGUGGACAAGCUGCUGGGCGUCGUGAAGGUGCACGAGCUGCUGCUGACGCGCGCCACAGAGGAGCAGAUCGCCGACGCAGCCAAUGACGCUAUCACGGACGAGCUCUUGGCCUCGGUGGACCAGGAGGAGCGUCGCCGCAAUGAGUUGGCAUUGAAAGAGCAACAACAGCAACAGUUGGUGCCGUUGCCGGUGGCGGCAUCGACGCUGUUCGACCCCGGACAGUUGAGUCCAUUCCGCGUGCUGGAGCUUGUAGACGUGCUGGACUCGACCACGGGAGGGAUGGUCAAGAGGGUGCUGACCAAUGUGAGGCGGAGAGCGCCGCUCAAUGCGCGGAUGGUGCGGCAUAACGAACUGGAGAAAGACGUGGAGUUUUGUAGGUUUUGCUCUGCAUACGGGGACCACACUGCGGCGCAGCACAAGUGCAGACUGUGUGGAGUCGUGGGGCAGCAUCGUAGCAGGAGCUGCCCCCAUCGUGGAACGGCAACGGCAAUUACUGCUUCUCCCACUAACACAAAUUCGCCUACAAACGCUGCCGAGAAGACGGUGGACGAUCAAAAGUUCUGUACGCUGUGCAAUUCGUGGGGGAUGCACGCUACGGAGCGACAUCGGUGUCGCACAUGUGGCGCUCACGGUGCGCACCGCAGUCAAAGGUGCCCGGCGUCCUCUUCUUCCUUGGUGCCAUGGAUCAGCUCGCCCGCAGAUUUGCGUAAGGGACGAACGUUUUGUUCGCACUGCAGUGCCUGGCGACCACAUGCAUCAGAUCAACACCGAUGUCGGUUGUGCGGUGUGGUCGGGCACCAUGGAAGCAAGAAGUGUCCUAAACGGGCUAAUGGAUUGUCUCCGAGUAGGAGCAGAUAUUCGCAGCAUGGAGAUGAUACGUCGCCAGCCAUGUCACCUGGAAAAACUACUGCUUUCUGCUCAUUCUGCCGCAGGAAAGCAGCCCACGCGACCCACGAACACCUUUGUCGAGUUUGCCGCGCUGUGGGAUUGCAUCGGUCCGAUGGUUGUCCUCAACGCAGCAGUAGCAGUACCGUGCUAUCAUACUCGGUGGAUGCCGCGUCGAAGGUUCGAGACCGUGUACUGGAGACAAUCCCGCAAGUGUUGCCCCCUCCAGCAGCGACGCUUGUUUGGCGGAGUCUGGAUAAAGUGGGCGAUGCGGACCUCAUCCUGCGGAAGACUUUACAACGGAUAGGCGUUUGGGGUGGCGGAUCCCAGACUCCGAUCACUACGCCCUACGCGCCUCCGAGACUGGAAUCUCUUCCUCUAGGUUCUCAGUCCCCUGCGUCAAGCAAUUCUUCAGCCGCGAUAGUGCUGGAUGAAGGGCGGUCAAGUGGCGUGUACGUGCUGUCUUACGCUGAAGGCCACUCGGUGGUCCCCGCCCGCAUUCUCAAGUACAUGCGGCUGCUCAUGCAUCACGAAGUAUCGACCAAUGCGUUCUCCGUCGUGGUACGGUUCGAUCCUCAGCCGUCCCACUGGGAGCUGAUGAAGCCUGGCAUGGUAUCACCUCGCUCACUGCCCUCAAGUCCGACGUUGAGUCACCAGUUGCAAAAGAGGAUGUCGCAUUUUACGCUUCAGACGCUGCUGGGGGCGCGUGACAAGCUGCGCGAGUUGGAGACUGCACGACGGAAGCUUCAGCAACGUCUAAAGCAGCACGAGUACAUUCAGACCCAGUUUCGAGCUCAAAACCCCGAGCAGAACGAUGAAAAGCAGUCACAUCACCAGUCAGAAGCUGACGAGAAGAGGCGAGCUGCGGUGUCCGUAGACGCGUAA